GGUCCGGGUGCGAGUGGCACUGGUUUUGGAAACUUCAAUGAAAUCGGACCGUUAGACUCGGGUUUGAAAGUGAGGAACACUUCAUGGAUUAAAUACGCGAAUCUGUUAUUCAUUGACAAUCCCGUGGGAACCGGAUUUAGUUAUGUCGACAGCAGCGCCGCCUAUACCAAGAAUAAUGACGAGAUCGCCAAAGAUUUGGUCACUUUAAUGAAAGAUUUUUAUAAGAAAUCACCAGAAUUUGAGUCGACGCCAUUGUAUAUCUUUUGCGAGUCAUACGGCGGUAAAAUGACCGUCGGUUUUGCCAAAGAGUUGCAUCGGGCCAUUCAAAACAAAGAGAUCAAAGCCAAUUUCAAGGGCAUUGCUUUGGGCGACUCCUGGAUCUCCCCGAUAGACUCGGUGUCCACGUGGGGACAGUAUCUCUAUACUUUGUCAUACAUUGAUAGACACCAAAAGAGUCAAAUCGAUGCCAAAGCCGAAGAGAUCAGAACCUCUCUGAAGAAUGGCGAGUAUGAAGAGGCGACUAAUCAAUGGGGAAGUCUUGAGAUGUUUGUCGGUUCCCUCGACGGUGGUAUUGACUGGUAUAACGUACUCUUCGGAUCAAAUAAUCAAUUGAGUACCAGAUAUAUGAAUCAAGUGAAAUCAUUUAACAACACAUCACUUCAGAGUAGUAUUAUUAGACAUUUGGCCAAAUAUCAUAAUGAUGAUCUGGACGCAUUAAUGAACGGUCCCAUUAAGACUAAACUUAAAAUCCCAGCGAAUGUCAGAUGGAGUGAACAGUCAUAUACGGUAUUCCAGCACUUGUCCGCUGAUUUCAUGCGCGAUGUGGUCAGUGAUGUGGAC